UAUGCACGACUUAAAUAAUUAAUACAAAAAAAAAGACACUUUUAACCACCCCUCAACGUAACUUCCGGCACACCUUCCUAACCCCUUCGCCGGAGUUUCACCACCACCUUUCACCGUACCACCACCACAUAUACACCAAACACCAUGCGUUUGCAUCUAUGUUGUUCCGAUAACCGUCGUGUCUGCUCUCUGAACGAUGUAAGUUAGUUACUCUACUGAAAUCAGCGAUCUCAGUUCCUCCGGCACCGUUAGAUCUGUCUCCGGCGUACGUUGUUGUUUUCUAGGGUUCCGCCGUUCAGAACUAGGUUUGAACUUGCGUGUGUACCGGACGAAUCGGAUUUGAUUCAGUUGAGUACAGAGUGUACGGAUGAUGACGUCAGGUGAGGUUUUGAUUACGUAAUUGAUUGCGUAAGUUAAUCGAUGUGUUUUUGUUGAGUGUAGAGUGUACGGAUGAUGACGUCAGGGUAUAACAUCACAGAUCUUGUUCAAGAAGCACAAAUCCGGUGGUUGAAGCCCGGUGAGGUACUCUUCAUACUGCAGAAUUUUGAGGAAACACAGCUUACCAAUGAGCCUCCUCAAAAGCCACCUAAUGGUUCUUUGUUUCUGUUUAACAAGAGGGUCCUUAGGUUUUUUCGUAAAGAUGGGCAUAACUGGAGGAGAAAAAAGGACGGAAGAACUGUUGGGGAAGCGCAUGAACGUCUAAAGGUUGGAAAUGUUGAAGCUUUAAAUUGUUAUUAUGCACACGGUGAGCUGAAUCCGAACUUCCAAAGGCGUAGUUAUUGGAUGUUGGAUCAGGGAAUGGAUCACAUUGUACUUGUUCAUUACAGAGACAUAACCAUGAGUGGGCAUAGUCCUGGAGCCAUUUCCACAUUCUCUACAAGGUCUUCUACUCUUAUUCAGGGCUCAAGCUCCUAUGGUUCUCAGUUAACCCAAUCUGCUGCUUAUAGUCAAUUUCGGGAACCUUACGACAACACAUCGAGUCCCAGUUCCAUAGAAGUUAGUUCAGAUGCAGUUACUAAGUCCAACGGGACAGGUUCUUUGAGUUAUACACAAGGAAUUGAGGAAAUUGGCGGUUCGCCUAAUUCGGAAAUUGAUCAGGCGUUGAGAAGGAUAGAAGAACAGCUGAGUUUGGAUGAGGAUAACUUGAAAGAUAUUAGUGCAUUUUAUAAUGCCAAUAUUGAGAUUUCAAAUGAUUCGGCUAAUGAGCGAACUUAUGCGGGGAUGCAACAUGGCUCAAACAAUUUUGCAUCUGAACAAUAUCCAGAAUAUGAAGGUGGGUAUGUGAGACCAUAUCAAUACCAGCAACAGUCAGAUGGUGAAUUUGCUAUUACAAGUCAACAAACUUCACUUUGGGAUGACGUAUUAAAACAUAAUGGGAAUGCAGUAGCUGACGGAUCUCAACAGAAUUACGUAUACCCUUCAGACAAAAAUGGAGUACUUUUACCUCAAUCAAGAACAGAUACAGUGAAAGAGCAAGAGAAGUACAAUUCUGGAUAUACUGGUGCAAAUAACAACUCAUCUGUACUGCUGCCUCAUGAACUUGAAGAUUUUAAAUUGUCUACAUAUACCCCUGCUAGAAAUUUAUCUGAAAGUUACCCGGACUUUUACUCAACGAUGUUUGACCAAGGUCAAAGCGGACUGCCUCUAGAUUCAGAUUCAAGUUUGACCAUUGCACAAGAGCAAAAGUUUACUAUUCGUGAGAUAGCCCCUGAAUGGGGCUAUGCAUCUGAGCGUACAAAGGUACUCAUUAUCGGGACUUUCACAUGUGAUUCGUCCAAUAGACAAUGGUACUGUAUGUUUGGUGAGACCGAAGUUCCUGCUGAAAUUAUUCAAGAAGGAGUCCUGUGCUGUUAUACUCCGACUCACUCGCCUGGCAAAGUAACUCUAUGUAUGACAUCAGGCAACCGAGAGUCUUGUAGCGAAAUCAGGGAAUUUGAAUACCACGAUAAACCAAACAGUUAUAUUAAUAAUCACCUAAACGAGAAAAAAUCUCGAAACUCCGAGGAAUUAUUAUUACUUGUGAGAUUCGCUCAAAUGUUGCUAUCUGGUCAAAAAGAAGGAAAUUUGACAGCUGGCGAAGAGGACUCGUGGUCUCAGGUCAUUGAGGCUCUUUUAGAUGGAAGUUUGGCGUCAUCCGAUGCAAGUGAUUGGCUUCUAGAAGAACUUUUAAAAGAUAAGUUGCAACAAUGGCUUUGUUCUAGAUUGCUAAACGAGAAAGGUGUCACGGCUUUGUCUAAAAAAGAACAAGGGAUGAUACAUAUGGUUUCGGGGUUGGGCUUUGGAUGGGCCUUGAAUCCGAUUCUUAAGUCUGGAGUUGGUGUGAACUUUCGUGAUAUUAAUGGCUGGACUGCUCUUCACUGGGCUGCUCGAUUUGGAAGGGAAAAAAUGGUAGCUGAACUCCUGGCUUCUGGUGCGUUUGCUGGAGCGGUUACAGACCCAAGUCAACUAGACCCAACUGGUCAAACUCCAGCUUCUAUAGCUGCGAGAUGCGGGCACAAAGGACUUGCAGGUUAUCUCUCAGAAGUCUCUCUAACAACCCAUCCAUCUCUCCAGUUACAACAAACAGAACUUUCUAGAAGCUCCGCCGAUAUUGAAGCUGAAACGGCAGCAGUUAACGGUAUCUCAAAGCUAAAUCUUGUUACCAAUGACGAUCCUUCUCUCAAGGAUACUUUAGCUGCUGUUAGGAAUGUAACUCAGGCUGCUGCACGAAUACAAUCUGCUUUUAGGGCUCAUUCUUUUAGGAAGAGACAACAGAAGGAAUCGUAUGUUAGUGGAGAUGAAUAUGGUAUACUUUUAAGUGACAUUGAAGGACUUUCAGCAGCUUCCAAGUUGACUUUUAGAAAUGGGAAUUAUAAUAAUGCAGCUUUGUCUAUUCAGAAGAAAUAUCGAGCAUGGAAAGGCCGUAAGGACUUCCUUGCAUUUCGCCAGAAAGUCGUCAAAAUACAGGCUCAUGUAAGAGGUCACCAAGUAAGGAAAAACUAUAAGGUUUUCUGUUGGGCGGUUGGUGUAGUUGAAAAAAUUGUGCUGAGGUGGCGCCGUAAGGGAGUAGGCUUACGUGGAUACAAACAAGAGUUGGGAGCCUUUGAUGAAAGUGAAGAUGAAGAUAUUGUCAAAGUGUUCCGCAAGGAAAAGGUGGAUGUUUCUAUUGAUGAAGCUGUUUCACGGGUGCUUUCCAUGGUGGAUUCUCAACCGGCCCGCCAGCAAUACCGCCGUAUGCUUCAAAAAUACCGACAAGCCAAGGCCGAACGUGAAUUUCUGGAGAGUGAAGCUGCCUCAACAUCUCAAGGUGAUGUAAUGAAUAUGUAGAAGAAGAUAUAUUCAUUAUUAUUAUUAUUUAUUGGCCUAACUAAUAUCGAGUGUUUGUGGUAGAUCAUCAAAGGGUUUUUUUUUUUUUUUUUUUGUAUAUAUGGACAUGGACUACAGUUUGCUUUGAAGUUAGGUGUUUUGUGUAAUUGUAAUUAGCAUAAACAGUAUCUUUAAUCUCCAUUGCUUGUUAUCUUC